GUAGGUAGGACUCCCGCGCCUAGCCCCACUGACGUCCCCGUGUUGGUUAGGUCAGACCCUGAAGAUGACGGAGGUGGCCGGGGGCCCCAGCGUUCCAGAACCCAGCAAUAUCCGGGCUCUAAAGCAGUGUCUCCUGUGCCGCAACCACAGCCAGGAACAGCACGGCGUGGCGGCCUCCUGCCUCGAGGAGCUGAGGAGCAAGGCUUGUGACAUUCUGGCCAUUGAUAAGUCCCUGGCACCAGUCACCCUGGUCCUGGCAGAGGAUGGCACCAUAGUGGAUGAUGACGAUUACUUCCUGUGUCUUCCUGCCAAUACUAAGUUUGUGGCACUGGCUGGGAAUGAGAAGUGGGCUUACAACAAUUCAGAUGGAGGUACGGCUUGGAUUACUCAAGAGUCCUUUGACGGAGAUGAAACAGACAGCGGGGCAGGGUUGAAGUGGAAGAAUGUGGCCAGGCAGCUGAAAGAAGACCUAUCCAGCGUCAUCCUCCUGUCCGAGGAGGACCUCCAAAUGCUUAUUGAUGUCCCAUGUUCAGAGCUGGCUCAGGAACUCAGCCAAAGUCGUGUCGCAGUCCAGGGGCUCCAGAACACCCUCCAGCAGGUCCUUGACCAGAGAGAGGAAGCCCGUCAGUCCAAGCAGCUCUUGGAGCUUUACCUCCGGGCUUUGGAGAAGGAGGGCAGCAUCCUGUUGAAGCAGCAAGAGUCCAAAGCUGGCCUUGGUGAUGAGAGGGAUGCAGUUGACACGGGUACUGGAGAGAGCUCCUCCGAAAUUGCACUGACGAGCCACAUCCUCACUGUGCUGAAGGAGAAACCCGCCCCAGAGCUGAGUUUGUCUAGUCAAGAUUUGGAGUUGGUUGCCAAGGAGGACCCGAAAGCAUUGGCUGUUGCUUUGACCUGGGACAUAAAGAAGACGGAAGCUGUUCAACAGACCUGUAAUCAGGAGCUUAGCCUGCGCCUCCAGCAGGUACAGAGCUUGUAUUCUCUGAGGAGCAUUUCAGCAAGGAAGAGUUCGCUGCCUGGAGAAGUGCAGAAUCCCAAACAAGCCAGACGAGACCCCACAUAGCUGGCAGCCAGAAACAUGCCAAAGAAAACCUUGGGUUUUGUAUCAGUGUCAGUAAAUACCUUCAGCCUAAUCGUUGUAGCUCCCUACAUACUCCUCUACCCUCUGCCUUCGAGAAUGUUCUCCUGGAACAGGCUGGAAGACAGGCUUCAUGCCCUUUCCAGAAAAGCUGUUCCAGAUCUCCACAUGGGCUCUCCGACCUAUUUUGAACCAUAGAGCUGCACCAGCAAUAUCCCACCUCCUCUAAUUGCAAGUUCUUAUGUUCUCUAACAGUAGUUGUAAAGGGCAGGGAAAAGAAAUUGUCAUAUUUUCAGACCCACUAUUCUUUUUUUUAACUUUUUUUUUCUUCUACA